AUGUCUACCGUAGCAGGCCUCCAGGCCAUCGCGCCAGUCCCAAAUGCGGCGGACUUUAUCGAUGCCGUCCUCAACGCGACCAUGCGAAAGACCCCGACGCAGAUUCACAAGAACUUCAAGAUCUCGCGUAUCAGGCGAUUCUACAUGCGAAAGGUCAAAUUCACCCAGGACACCUUUGACGAGAAGCUCGGUCGGAUCAUCUCCGAGUUCCCAGUUCUCGACAACCUCCACCCCUUCCUCUCUUCCCUCCUUAACGUUCUGUACGACAAGAACCACUACAAGCUCGCCCUCGGCCAGCUCAAUACCUGCCGCCACCUCAUCUCCCAGGUCGCCAAGGACUACUGCCGUCUCCUCAAAUUCGGUGACUCGCUGUACCGAUGCAAGCAGCUCAAGCGGGCCGCCCUUGGUCGUAUGGCGACCAUCAUGAAGCGUCAGAAGGACCCAUUGGCGUACCUCGAGCAGGUUAGACAGCACAUUUCGCGUCUGCCCGCGAUCGACCCCAACACCCGCACGCUCUUGAUCUGCGGCUACCCCAACGUCGGGAAGAGUUCGUUCGUCAAUAAGAUCACUAGGGCCGAUGUCGAUGUUCAGCCCUACGCCUUCACCACCAAAUCCCUUUUCGUCGGCCACAUGGACUACAAGUAUCUCCGAUGGCAGGUCAUUGACACUCCCGGUGUGCUCGAUCACCCUCUCGAGGAGAUGAACACCAUUGAGAUGCAGUCGAUCACUGCGCUCGCCCAUCUCCGCAGUGCCGUCAUGUACUUUAUGGACUUGUCGGAGCAGUGUGGCUACUCUGUUGAAGCUCAGUGCAAGCUCUUCCACUCGAUCAAGCCCCUCUUCCAAAACAAGCCCGUCAUCCUCGUCAUCAACAAGAUCGACAUUGUUCGCCUUUCCGACCUGUCGGAGGAGAACCGGGCCUACAUCGAUUCCAUCACCUCCGAUUCGACCGUCACCGUCGUCGAAGCCUCCACCUACUCUGAAGAGGGUGUCAUGAACGUCCGCAACACCGCCUGCGACGCUCUUCUCGCACACCGUGUCGAGCAAAAGAUGCGCGGAAACCGGAUCGAGGCGAUCGCCAACAAGGUGUACGUGGCGAUGCCGGCGAAGCGGGACGAGGUUGACCGGGCGCCGUUCAUCCCGGAUGCAGUCAAGGCGAGGGAGAAGUACAACAAGGAGGAUCCCGAGCGGCGGACGCUGGAGAGGGACGUCGAGCAGGGGAUGAUGCACGGCGAGGUCUUCUCUGCGGACUCGAGGAAAAACUACAUCCUUGCGGACGAUUCUUGGAAGUACGACAAGAUGCCAGAAUUCUUCAACGGCAAGAACGUCGCGGACUUUAUCGACCCGGAUAUCGAGGCCAAGCUGGAAGCUUUGGAGCGGGAAGAGGAGGCGCUCGAGGCGCAGGGCUUCUACGCGUCCGACGAGGAGGAGAUUCUCGACUCGGACGAAGAGGCCUUCCUGGAUGCCGCUGCGCAGAUCAAGUCCAAGGUGGCAGUCAUCAAGCAGAGCUCGCAAGCCAAGAACCGGCUCCAAAACCGUCCCGUCAUCCCCCGCAAGAAGCGCCACAUCACCCUACAGGAGAUGAUGGCCGGUAUGCGCAAAAACGGUGUCGACCCCUCCGUCAUCGAAAAGCGGGCGAAGCGACUCAUGGCGCAAAAGAAGGCCGAGUGGGAGGCGGCAGGCGGGGAUGCGCAGAUGGAGGACGGCGAGGGAGACGACGGGAUGGAUGUCGAUAUGGACGGCGGAGAUGGCGCGUCGACGGCGACGGGCACGACGGCGGGCAAGGUGCAGAGGGGCAACAGGCAGCUCGCGGGUCUCAAGAACCGAGAGCAGGACCUCAAGGCCACGGAGCUUCGGAAGUUUGCCCAGAGAGAGCCAAACAGGUUGGCCAAGGCUUCCGAGUCGGAUCGUCAUAUUCCAAUCACGAGGCCGAGGUGGAUGUUGGCCGGGAAGCGGAAGAAUGGAAAGACGGAUUACCGUUAG